AUGGUUUUCAAGCCCUUCAAACCUCCUUUGAUCAGGAAGCCCGAGCAAUCAACUGAGACGGCCGAUGCAAAUGACCACCCGACUAAGAAGCCUCGCUUGGUGAAGGACGAAGCAACAUCCGAAACCCAGACAAGGCCCACACCGACUCUAGGUAGCCGAAAACCGCUAUUGCAAGUCAGAAACAUUGGCAAGGACUCUACGGCCAAGGAGAUAAAUGAAUCGGUAGCCAAGGAAGACGCAAGCUUCGAGAGAUUCUUCAAUGUUCUCUGGAGAAAGCCAACAGCGAAAAAGAACAAAACAUGGGAUGGCGAUGGUAUACUUGCAGCCAGAGGAGGAUUCCUCUACCUACGCGAUGUGGGAGGCAAAGACAUGGGACGGGUGACAUACGAGUCAGAACUUGAGCCCGGUAAAAUGCUCUACGUUGCUGGGAAAGAGGUUGAGAUCGAGUCGGAGAUACCACGAGCAGAAUACCUGGCUGGGAAACAGUUCUUGAGCAAUGCAAAGCCCGCGCCACCACCCCCGUCGUUGCCCAAGAAAACACCCCUGCCAGUUAUGCAAAGAAGCGAGUCGCGCCGGCCGUUGCCUACUGGUCCUAGUUAUACGAGUUCGCUGAAACGCAACUCAUCUGCUUUGGAGAGUGGCACCUCCACUAAAUCAGCAAAUGCCCUCGGCGCGUACAAAGCGCCUCUACUCAACAACACUGUCAAUUCGUCAACGAGCUCCGAGGCGAUAGUGCCACGACAUGAUCCUUAUGCAAAGGGAGCGUUGGUCAUGCCACGGCCGAAAUCAUUGCCCCCAGGAAAGCGCGUUGUUGAUGUUGUUGUUGACCCAUUGUUGACGAAGAGCUUGCGCCAGCAUCAGCGCGAAGGCGUUAAAUUUCUCUACGAGUGCGUAAUGGGCAUGCGCGAUUUCAAUGGCGAGGGAGCUAUCCUGGCCGAUGAUAUGGGUCUCGGCAAGACAUUGCAGACAAUCGCUCUACUAUGGACUUUGCUAAAGCAAAACCCAAUUCAUGGCGAACCUCCCGUGAUCAAGAAGGCGCUCAUCGUCUGUCCUGUGACCCUCAUCAACAACUGGCGAAAGGAGUUCCGCAAAUGGUUGGGUAAUGAGCGAAUUGGAGUGUUUGUAUUUGAUGAUAAGCGGAAACGCUUGACCGACUUCACUAGGGGCAGGGCUUAUAGCAUCAUGAUUGUUGGAUACGAGAAACUGAGAACGGUGCAAGAAAGUCUGGCCAAGGGUGUGGGUGUCGACAUUAUCAUUGCAGACGAAGGCCAUCGGUUGAAGACCUUGCAAAACAAGAGUGGGCAGGCAAUUCAGUCACUCAAUGCCGCGAAGAGGGUCAUUCUCUCCGGCACGCCCAUUCAAAAUGACCUGAAAGAAUUCUUUGCGGCUGUCGAUCUCGUCAAUCCUGGUGUUCUGGGCAACUUCAAAUCGUUCAUUCGAGAAUUUGAAACUCCUAUUGUACGAAGUCGACAACCGGAGGCCACCAAAAAGGACAUCGAAAAGGGCGAGUCCAGAAGUGAGGAGCUUCGCGAGCUUACCUCUAAAUUUAUUCUCCGCAGAACAGCCGAUAUUCUAUCGAAAUACCUCCCGCCCAAGUCAGAAUAUGUGCUCUUCUGCAAACCAACUCGCACUCAGGCAAACAUCUAUAAAGCUGUCCUUCAAUCGCCAAUUUUCCAAACGGCUAUGGGCAAUGCUGAAAGUGCCCUUCAACUAAUUACCAUCUUGAAGAAGCUUUGCAACAGCCCAUCACUUCUCUCGGCGAAGAACAAUGAUGACUCGCCAAAUGAAACCAUCAGCGCCCUUCUAUCUUCACUGCCACCUAACCUCCUUCGCCACUUUUCAGCCUCUUCGAGUGCCAAGGUCCGCGUCUUGGAUCAGAUUUUGGAUAGCAUGCACUCAAAAACAUCCGAGAAAAUUGUAUUGGUGUCCAACUAUACGUCAACAUUGACCCUGCUCGCCACCCUCCUCACCUCACUUGGUCUUCCAUUCCUCCGUCUGGAUGGAAGCACACCCGCACAGAAACGCCAGCCACUCGUUGACGACUUCAAUCGCCUCCCCGCAGAAGCAUGCUUCGCCUUCUUGCUCUCGGCCAAGGCAGGUGGAACUGGACUCAACCUCAUCGGCGCUAGUCGCCUCAUCCUCUUCGACGUGGACUGGAAUCCGGCUACUGAUAUCCAGGCCAUGGCCCGCAUUCAUCGCGAUGGACAAAAGAACCAUUGUCGUAUUUAUCGUGUCAUCCUCAAGGGUAGUUUGGAGGAGAAGAUCUGGCAGCGUCAAGUUACCAAGCUCGGGUUGGCCGACAGUGUGAUGGAGCAUAAAGAUAGCGUGUCACAAUUCUCCACGGCCGAACUACGCGAUCUAUUCCGUCUCGACGAGGAAAGCACCUGUCAAACGCACGAGCUCCUCGGUUGUGAAUGUGGCGGCAAGGGAGUGUCUCCCGCCCCGUCAGGCACGACUACACCCGGUGACAACAGUGACUCUGAACUUUCUGAGCUAAGCGAGCCCCAAUCUGACGAUGAUGACUAUGACGACCUUCCCGACUUGCCAACCCUGAUGAAAGCUUCGGAAGUCGACAUGGAAAAGCAAGAGCGCGAGGUUCAAGAUAGAUCUCGGCGUGGUCGGACAGCCUCUAAAAAUGAGAAGGGCAAGGGCAAGACGCAGAAAGAGAAGAUGCACCAAUCCCUCGCACAUUACUCUCAUAUCGACCCGUCCUUGCUUUCAACUGGCACUGAGGAUGACGAGGAGAUUGCGGCUGCCGUUGACGAUGAUGUCCUUGUUAAUUUGCUUAAGGAUGAGUGCAACAUGAUUGGCUACAUCUUCAAGAAGACGAGUGGUGCGCAGGUGGAAAGCCCGACGGUGGUGCCUGAUGCUUGA